AUGUCUCGCUACAGGGAGUCGCACAUGAAGCCUGCAGGACCUGGGGACAACAAGGUCUUCCUCGCCACCGGCUGUUCGUCGAGUAUUGGCAUCGAGACCGGACGUGCUUUGGCCGCCACGGGCGGCAAGGUUUUGUUAGCUGUUCGUGAACUUGAAAAGGGCAAGGCGGCCUGCGAGUCCAUUCUAGAGCCCAGUCGCAUCGAGCUGAUCGAGCUCGACACAUCGAAAAUGGAUUCCGUCCGGACUUGUUGCAACGCAGCGGUCAUGGACAUCCCUCAACACGAGGAGUCCGUGAAUGAGUGUGAAAUGCAUCUAGCAACGAACUAUCUCGGCCGUUUCCUUCUAUUCUGGCUACUGAGGGAUUCUAUGCUAAAGGCACCGACUCCUGAAUUCAACUCGAGACUGGUUAAUGUUUCUAGCGCAGCCCAUCACGCCUCUGAGGUUUUUUUCGACGACUUCCCGCUUAAGUGUGGAACUGGAUGA